GAAGAGGUAAUAAUAAGGAGAUAUUUGAGAUAAAUAGAGAAGAGUAUUGGUAGAGGAAGAGAGAGAGGAAGAAGAAAUGGAUCCAGAAAAAGCUCAAGCAGAGGCCUCAAAGAGACCCCCAGGUCAUGGUGCUACUGAAGUACUUCAUCAGAGGAAAUCACUUCCUUACAGCUACACCAAAAUGGCUAUAGCUGGUUUGCUAAUUACAGCUGCAGUGGGGUACACUGUCUUAUAUGCGAAGAAGAAGCCUGAGGCUAGUGCUAGGGAUGUGGCAAAGGUUUCUGCUGGAGUUGCACAACCAGAGGAUACUCACCCUCACAAAUAGUUAACAUCUACUUUUAUCACAUUCCAUCUAGUAUACCACUUCUGUCAAACUCUUAAUAUCAAGUUCUAAUGACACGGCUUUUUCAUUUCAUAAUGUUCUUUCUUUGUGAUAGUAAUAAAUUGUUAAUUACUUACGAUUACAAUUGUAA